AUGAAGUACUAUGUAGCAAGUCUGGCUGUGGCUGUCAUGGCGGUUAUCAACUGGACUCCUCUUUCCCCACCAGACGCAGGCUUUGAGCCGCAACCGGUUCUUGCGAAGGCCUACGCCCUCACUUCACGGUCCUGGGAGUUUGGAACGCUGACUGAAGCUCUUCUUGAGUUCUAUGACGGUGACUUGACUGUCUUUGGGUCCCAUCCAUUUCCGCAAGGACAGAUACCCAGGAUCCCUGAUCCCUCCAAAGUCGAAGGUCUUGCCUUUGCCAGAGGCGUGAUAUGGAAUAAUGGCUCAGAUCUACUGGUCGACGGCGAAGGCUCAGCAGCGGAUCCUGCGUCUCUUGGAACAGCCGCCUUACUUUUAUCCCACCACAAUAAGACCUACCUCGACGCUGCAAAGCGGCAGGCAAACUACCUCAUGACAAAAGCCACACGGUUCAACGGUCAUCUCAUGUCGUCACCCAUCUCACACCGCGAGGAGCCCCCUGAGCUCUGGGGUGAUUUCGUCUAUAUGGUGCCUCCAUUCCUUGCAUACUAUGGUGUGGCUUUCCAGGACAUGGAGAGCUUAAAAACGUCUGUGCAGCAAUGUCAGCUUUACAACGUCGUUCUGAGGACGAGUAUCUCGCUGCAAGAUGGACAAACUUGUCGUGGCCUAUGGAGGCAUAUUGUCUCAGAGCCCUCACAGCUGGAGCACGGAAUCUGCUGUACAGACCCAGAUGUAUGGCUUACUAGCAAUGCAUGGGCUGUAGCAGGAAUGGCUCGGGUCUUGGCCACGAUGUUGAGGUGGCAGCCUCCUUCAAACAGUGCAAUCGAGAGGCUCCAAUACCUUGAGUUCAGGGUCCGGAGCACAAAGGCACUGACAGGUAUCAUUGACGAUAUGCUGAAGUGUACCAUGGCCCAGAGUCGAGAUGAGAAGUCUGGUCUUCUGAAGAACUAUCUGGACGGGCCAUCCCAUCGGUCUUCUCUCUGGGCUUAUGGAGAUGCUGCGGGCACUGCGCUGAUGGCCUCCGCAGUCUAUAGACUGGCAGUGCUCUUACCAGAGGUCUAUGGAAGACCGCGCUUUCUUGACUGGGCUGAAGUGAACCGUCAUGCCGUAGCCAAGCAUAUCAACCAAGACGGCAGUGUUGAUCCCGUGGCAGAUGUCGACCACGUCCCAAGUACAAACCCCGUCAAUCAGACUAGUGAAGGUCAGAGUAUGGCGAUCCUGAUGUACAGUGCGUGGCGGGAUUGUAUGGCUGCCGGAGUAUGCGGCCGAAAGGUGCGCUUCUGGGAUACGAUACCGUGGAGACAGAGUGUAUAG